GGCAACGCAACAACGGAACAACGGGGCACCACAACAGGAAGCCAAAGCAAAACCGCGCUUACGGAAGGAAGGAUAGAAAGAGGGACGGGAACGGGAGAGGAGGGAUCACCGUGACGGGCGGGCGCGUAGGCCAAGCCAGCCAGCCCACGGGAAUUGACGGGGACGGGAACAAGCAAGAGCAUUGCGUAUUGUGGUAAGCAGUAUCAUAAUACAAGAGGAGGCAACCACCGUUGCAGCUAGCUCGCCCCCACCGGAAGCCGGAGCGUUUCCUAUUCUGCUGCUUCUUCUUCUUCUUCUUCCAUCUCCUCCUCUGGCGGGCCGGGGCAGGGGCCGGGGCGCAGGGACGCGGCGCGGCCAUGUGGACGCCGUCGCGCGGGAGCAACGCGCGGCGGACGACCGGCCACCGCCGCAUCGCGGACUACCUCGCGGACGACCAGACGACCAACACCGACACCUCCGACAACGAGUCCUUCACCACGGCGUAUGGGGAGGACUACUUCUUCAACGCUGCCGCGGCCGGGGGGACCCCCGGCAGGGGGGGAAUGCUGCCGGCAUUCCUCGCCGAUCAGGGGGACCUGGUGGAGGUCAUGCUGGAGCUGGACGAGGAGUCCAUGGUGGUGCGCAGCGUCACGCCCACCAGCGCCGCGCUCUACGGCACGGCCAUGCCGCACACGCCGGACGCGCCCCGCCUCAGCCGAUGCUCCUCGACCUCGUCGCGGAUACGGAAGAAGUUCGCCUGGCUGCGGUCGCCGUCGCCCGCGCCCUCGCCGUCCCCCACGCCAGCGGAGCUGCAGCGGGAGGCGGCCAUGGCGGCGCGCGAGCGGCGUCGCAUCCAGGCGCGCGUGAACCGGUCGCGCGCCGGCGCCAAGCGCGCGCUCAAGGGCCUCCGCUUCAUCAGCCGCACCACGGGCACCGCCGAGGCCGCCGAGCUCUGGCGCCGCGUCGAGGACCGCUUCAACGCCCUCGCCCGCGACGGCCUCCUCUCCCGCGACAACUUCGGCGAAUGCAUCGGAAUGGUGGAUUCCAAGGAGUUCGCCGAGGGCAUCUUCGACGCGCUGGCGCGGCGGCGCCGGCAGAACCUUGAGCGGAUCACCAAGGAGGAGCUCUACGACUUCUGGCUCCAGAUCUCCGAUCAGAGCUUCGACGCGCGGCUCCAGAUCUUCUUCGACAUGGUGGACACCAACGUGGACGGGAGGAUAACGAGGGAAGAAGUACAGGAGCUGAUCGUGCUGAGCGCGUCGGCGAACAAGCUAGCGAAGCUCAAGGAGCAGGCGGAGGAGUACGCGUCGCUCAUCAUGGAGGAGCUCGACCCGGAGAACCUCGGCUACAUUGAGCUGUGGCAGCUGGAGACGCUGCUGCUCCAGCGCGACACGUACAUGAACUACAGCCGGCCGCUGAGCACGGCGAGCGGCGCGCAGUGGAGCCAGAACCUGGGCGUGGGCCUCAGCGGGGCCGUGCCGGCGACCGUCGGCGGAGCACCCGGAGCCGGAGCCGGAGGAGAAAACGCGAAUCGAGGAGGAGGAGGAAUGAUGACGAGGAGAAGGGAGCACUGGGGCCGGGGCGUUCGGAAGGCGGCGGCGCGGGUGCGUGUGGCGGCGGAGGAGAACUGGCGGCGCGCGUGGGUGCUGGCGCUGUGGUUCGCGGCCAUGGCGGCGCUGUUCGUGUGGAAGUUCGUGCAGUACCGUCGCACGGCGGGGUUCCAGGUGAUGGGCUACUGCCUCCCCACGGCGAAAGGCGCCGCCGAGACGCUCAAGCUCAACAUGGCGCUCGUGCUCCUCCCCGUCUGCCGCAACACGCUCACCUGGCUCCGCUCCUCCUGGGCGCGCUUCUUCGUCCCCUUCGACGACAACAUCACCUUCCACAAGAUGAUCGCGACGGCGAUCGUGGUGGGGAUCACGCUGCACGCGGGGAACCACCUGGCGUGCGACUUCCCGCGGGUGAUCGCGUCGGCGCCGGAGGAGUACCGGCUGGUGGAGUCGGCGUUCGGGGCGCAGAAGCCGUCCUACGCCGGGCUGCUCUCCGGCGUGGAGGGCGUGACGGGGAUCGCCAUGGUGGUGCUCAUGACGGUGUCCUUCACGCUGGCCACGCACCCGUUCCGCAAGGGCGAGAAGGCGGCGGCGGCGUCCUCGACGGUGUCGAGGCUGCCGGCGCCGCUCAACCGGCUCGCCGGGUUCAACGCCUUCUGGUACUCCCACCACCUCCUCGGCAUCGUCUACGCGCUCCUCCUCGUCCACGGCUACUUCCUCUUCCUCGUCCGCCGCUGGUACGAGAAAACGACAUGGAUGUAUAUUUCUGUCCCUUUGGUGCUCUAUGUCGGCGAAAGGAUGCUACGAGCAUUGAGGUCAAAUGCUCAUCCUGUCAAAAUCCUAAAGGUGUGCCUUCUACCUGGAAGUGUAUUGACCAUAACAAUGUCAAAGCCCUAUGGAUUUCGAUACAGGAGUGGACAAUAUAUCUUUCUUCAGUGUCCAAUGAUCUCCCCAUUUGAAUGGCAUCCUUUCUCCAUCACUUCAGCUCCUGGAGACGACUAUCUCACUGUUCACAUCCGCACAAACGGAGACUGGACACAAGAGCUCAAGCGCAUAUUCGUCGAGAACUACUUCUCACCGCACAUUAAUAGAAGAGCUUCGUUCAGCGAGUUAGGUGCAGCGGAACCAAGAAGCUUGCCAAGAUUGCUCGUAGAUGGUCCAUAUGGUGCCCCCGCACAGGAUUUCAGAAACUAUGAUGUUUUGCUUCUUGUCGGCCUCGGAAUUGGAGCAACACCAUUUAUAAGCAUUCUAAGGGACCUGCUUAACAACAUUAAGCUAGCUGAUGAGUUGAUGGACUUGGCAAUGGAGACCACUCAGACUAGCAGGUCUGAGGACAGCGCCAACAGCUUCAGUGUCUCAACAGCCAGUAGCAACAGGAAGAGAGCUUACAGAACAAGCCGGGCACAUUUUUACUGGGUCACUCGGGAACCGUUGUCAUUUGAAUGGUUCAAAGGAGUGAUGAAUGAGGUUGCUGAAAUGGACAAGAAGGGUGUUAUAGAGUUGCACAACUACCUGACAAGCGUGUAUGAAGAACGAGAUGCACGGACGACUCUUUUGUCCAUGGUGCAAGCUCUGAACCAUGCCAAACAUGGUGUCGACAUUGUCUCGGGCACCAGGGUGAGGACACACUUCGCGAGACCAAACUGGAAGGAAGUUUUCACAAAAAUUGCCUCCAAGCACCCAAAUUCAACCGUUGGAGUAUUCUACUGCGGUGCGCCAACCCUAGCCAAAGAACUGAAGAACCUAUCGCACGAGAUGAGCCACAAGACAACGACUCGCUUCCAUUUUCACAAGGAGUACUUCUGAUAGGAAGACCAUUGAUUAUUCUGAUCUGCAUAGCGUUAGGCACCGGUAAAGAAGAAGGAAUUUUUGCACAGAAGCAAAGCAAACUGACCUCUCUCUUCCUGAUCUGGAACUGUACAUAGUAUAAAGAAGAACAGUCUGCUAGGUUAGUUAGCUAGUUAGUACUAUCAUUUAUAUAUGAUUAACAAAAAUUAAAGGCAGGCUUGAUCAAAAGUAAAAGAAAAGGAAGCAGGGUAAAGAGUUGUUACUUAUAUGUAUACAUGUACACAGUAUAGUUAGGUAGUUACCUAUCAAAUGCUAAAGCAUAACAAUAGAAAGGGACAGGCUCCAGAGGCCGACAUUCUGAAUGUACAUCUUUCAGGAAUUCAUUCAUGCA